AACGGCACAUGGCUGCUCAGUAACACAGUUGUUAUUGAAAGUGAAACUGUGUACGACACUCUGAGCUUCAGGACCACGAACCGUCACAGACAUAAUGAUCACAGUGUCAGCUGUCUUUUCGUAUAUCCGAGCGAUGCCUCGUUCCGGCGCCCCUCUGUCCCGGACCCGUGUGGCCCUCCAAAGUCCCGGUGUCAAGUUUAAGCACUCACCAGGUCAUGGAAGCGUCCAGCUGUCCUCCGGAGCGGGAAAGAAGCCAGCAAAAAGUCUCCUCCGCGGCCAUAUUAACGCUGCACCACCAGCCGAGAAGUUUUCAACAACCCCGGCAGCGCUUUGGAAGUCCAGGCCGGGAGGCAUUUCGUCCUGGUACGCGGUGGGCAGAGGCUGGCUGGGCAGGGUCGCCACCGCUGCUGCCCUCGGAGUGAGCACAGUGACGGCGGGGCGGUUCGUGCACACCGGGAGUCUGAGCGCCAUGGCCCAGAAGGUUAACCUGGAGUCCGCUGAGGGAGACUGGACGAAGACCAAGGAAUUCUUGCUGUCUCUGUCUGUGAAGGACAGGCGUGAGUACUACAGGACUUCGUCCUUUGUGCCAUUGGAUGACAUCCCUAUGUGGAGUCCCACUAAAGACGGCGAUGGAAAGCAGACGUUCCACUUGGGGAAGAUUUCCCUCUACAGUGGCGACAUUACAAAGCUGGAGAUUGAUGCCAUCGUCAACGCAGCCAACAACUCUUUGCUGGGAGGAGGAGGAGUGGAUGGAGCGAUCCAUCGUGCUGCAGGUCCCCUGCUUAAGAAGGAGUGCGCCUCCCUCCAUGGCUGUGAGACUGGACAAGCAAAGAUUACCUGCGGCUAUGGCCUCCCUGCAAAGUAUGUGAUCCACACAGUGGGGCCGAUAGCUGUGGCAGGAGUGGGGGAGCAGCAGAAGAGUGCGCUGAGGUCGUGCUACAAGAAAUGCCUGGAGACGGCCACCAAGAACGGCGUGCGCUCUGUGGCUUUCCCGUGCAUCUCCACUGGGAUCUACGGAUAUCCACCUGAGCAGGCAGUGCACGUGGCGUUAGCAACUGUGAGGGAGUAUCUGGAUGAACAUCAUGACAAGGUGGACAGGGUCAUCUUCUGUGUGUUCUUGCCGAUGGAUAAGGAGCUGUAUCUGCAGAACCUCCCGCUCUACUUCACUGCUGUCUGCUGACCAGUGAAAGCAGCGUUUUGCCUCAGCUCCCACACAGGCCACUGUCAAGAGUAAACUGUGAGAGAGUGGAAGUGUGAGGUUCGGUUGCUGUGGAUACAGACCACUCGUCUUGACAUCCAGAUUCCUCCUCCUCCUCCCUGCCGGCGACACAGAUCAAGACCUUCUUCAGCACCGAGAUAACUUCUAAAUGGAUGAUUGCUUUUCUCAAGUGUACCACGGAUCUUCUGCAGGCCGCCACCCCAGAUGCUGAUUGCUUGCUUGCUUGGUUUCCCCCCCCACUAAUAGUGGCGGUUACGAGAGGUGCUGAGAAGGUGUUCGUAAUUCUGCAAACGCUCUGUGCAUACGUUGAAUCAUACUUUCUGUCCUCAGUGGUAAUUUGUCCUGACCUGACAAAGGCUUAUUAAAACUAUAAUCACACAGGCUGGUGGUGUGCAGGAAUGGAUUAUUUCUUGGGAUAGGGUAGGAGUCAGUGAGCCGUGGCGUCAGCACGGACUACUUCACGUGAAUAUACACGGCUUCCCUUCCCAU